ACUUGCAACACCUAUAUUGUCCAUUACAUUAUAAAUAACCAUCACUGCACUCUGUGAAUUAGCACACACAAAAUAGUAUUCAAUAUUUCAUAUCAACCAGCAGCUAGCUACUUAUUGAUUCAUGGGCAGAACAAACACGUUGAUGCAUCUCCGGAGGUCUGCUAAGGGAGCGGAGAGUACUGCCGGGCUCUGCAAAUUGAUCUUAGGAAGGGAAGCUGGGUCGCAGCACCGGGUUGAUCAAAAGACAAAGAGUAGUAGUAUAGGGAAGAAGGCAGCAGUGGAUUCAUCGCCGUCAUAUUCAUGCUGCUGGGUUCCGCACCCGAGGACUGGAAUUUACUUCCCUGUUGGCCAUGACUGGGUAAUGGAAGAUGUUCCUGAAGGCGCUGCCACGUUCUCUGAGACCUGUUGCUUCAGAAAUUAAAAACCAUGUUCAUUAAUCCAUGCUACUGUUAAACUAGCUAGCUACUGUUAAACUAGCUAGCUACUGUGGAGGAGUGGAUUGACAACAAUCACAAUCCCAUACUCCUUAUUGCCAUAUAUAUGCAUCCACUCAAUGUAAUAUUAGACCUCCAUCUCACCAGAAAAUAAAUACACCACUAUUACUAUGUUA